CACGGCGCUAGUGUCGCAGUGAAUGCUCGCGUUUCCUGUCAAAAGCGCCAUUGCGCAUGACAGUCAGUGCGGCCUUGCGGACUGAAGAGCGGUGCCAACAAAGGCCGAGUCGAUGGGGUUACAAAAAGAUUAAUUUGGACUAGUAAAACCCUUCUGUUGUUGUAAUUAUAAUUUUAUAUAGGUUGUGAAUCUGUGAUUACGGUUAAGAAAAUGUGUGAAUGAUAUGAAUCGUGACGGCUAGCCAAGGAGUCAGCUGGUCAACAGUGCGAAUAGUGAAUAAGAAAUGGCGGCCUUGCCAGCAGGUGUUCAGUAUGGGUUAUCAUCGGAGUCUAGUUAUAAAGAAAACAAGGAACUAGUGUUUGUGAAAUUAACGGAUUCAGCUCUAAAAGCUAUCGAAGAUUUCAUUAGGAAUAAUAGGGAUAAAUUGGCUAAACCGAAAAUACAGUUCCUACCUGGAAAUGAAGGGAAAAUCUCGAUUCCGGCUCCUGCCAAUGGCAAUGGAUCUACAGGCGAGGCUACAUUUCACUUCAGCGUCAACAGUAAUGCAGAGAUGGAGGGUCCACAGGGUUCGUUCGAAUGCGUCAGGAGUGGCGGCGCGCGGCGGCUGGAGUCGUGCGGGCCGCUGCCGCGAAGGAUGCGCGUGCACGCGAACGACGACUCGUACGAGGCGACCAAGGACCGUAUGGCGAGGACUGUUGCGGCGGAGCAGAGUAAAUGCACCCGCGUGAUAAAGCCCAACCUAACGGACAUUGGGCGCGUGAAGGUGCGUCCCGCGCACCAGAACCUAUACUCAUCCACGGCGGCGCGCCUCGUUGCGGAGCGGGAACGCGAGCGCGAGCGCGAACGUGAACGCGAGCGCGAGAGAGAAAGAGAGAGGGAGAGAGAACGCGAGCGCGAGAGGGAGCGAGAGAGGGAGAGGGAGCGGGCGGAACGUGCCGCCCCGCCCGCGCCGCGCCCUCAGCCCGCGCCGCACCCCCCCGCGCACCCCCCGCAGCCACAGAGGCCGCCACCCAACCCGGAUCUCACUAGGCGGUCUAUAAAGGAAAGACUUAUACAGUUAUUAGCGUUGAAACCUUUCAAGAAACCCGAACUAUACGCGAGACUCAAUAGUGAGGGUAUCAAGGAAAAGGAACGCGGUCUGGUGAACAAGAUACUGCCUCAAAUAGGCUCGCUCAAGGACAACUCUUACCAUUUACGUAGGCACAUAUGGAACGACGUCAACGAAGAUUGGCCGUUCUAUUCAGAGGAGGAAAAACAUAUGCUCAAGAGGCGGAAACCUCAAAACUUAACGCCGCCGCUGAGUAGCGACUCGGCGCACUCACUAUCGCCUAGAGCGUCGCCCAGCGCCACCAAGAGGCCGAGCACUAACGCCGAAGAGAUGCCGUCCAAGAAGCAACGCAUCUCUCACUAUAGACGCGCAUCACCCCCGUCCUCCGGGUACGCGACCACGUCGUCGGGCGAGCGGCACGCGUCCGACAACGAGGACGAGCGGGGCGCGCCGCCCGCCGCCGCCGUACCACCCGCGUAUACGGACGACGCGACCAAACCGCGCGUCACCAGCGCGGCUCCCAUCAGCGCGGCCGUUAAUGUUGUCACUGCGCCCAUGUUAGCUGUUAACAGUGUGCACCAUCACCGCCGCGCGUCGCCGCAUGCGCCCGCGCCUGUGCACCACGAAGACGAUGACGACAAGACCACAAUUAAAAAGGAGAACGGCUACUCCCUCAACUACACCACUGAUAAGGAUCUCUGCCCCAGUCCUGUCAAAACGAACGGUUUUAGAAUUAGUCCUAAAGUAGAGCAAACUAGUAUCACAGUAAAAGACAUCACAAAUACGGAACCUUUAGAAAAUACGGAAUUAUCGUCUGUCACUGACGAGAAAAUGACUGAUACGGAAGACAUUGAAAGGCAAUACCCGCCAAUAACGAGUUCGAGCACGCGGCGCGCGUACAAAAAUGAGUUCGCGGAAUUGUACAAGGAAUAUCGCGCCCUCUAUGAACGCGUGGCCGAAGUGGCCGCCCUGUUUACUCGCCUCGAGCACCAAUUACAACGUGCCCAACCACACUCGCCCGAUCAUCAGAACAUAGAGCAGCGCAUCCAGGACGAGUACAGGCGCGUGAGCAACGACCCCGCCUACCAGCAGCAGCGGCGGCGCGUCAACUUCCUGCACCGCAAGCUGACCCACAUCAAGCGGAUGGUGCACCAAUACGACCGCCUACGCAACUUGAAAACGGAACGCGUCGCGACCGCUAGUACGACGCAAGCAUACUGACACUCAAGUAAUUCGCCGCCCGCCCGCUGCCUCUAGUUACUACUUCAACUAACACCGACCCAACAUCGCAACUGGUUGAAUAUAAACAUAAGUACACUCGGGAACAAACCGCAUCACGUUGAACGAAUGGUACGUGUGACCAUAGAUAAAGUAUCGAGAGAUAUCGAAAAGUAGUUGUUGUAUAAUCGCUGAACUACGUAUGGGGAAUAUGUAUGAGCGAUCAUCGUAUGACGAAAUGUUUCGUAGCGUGGUUGUCUUUUGAGCAAUAAUAUACUUGAUGUCUGCAUAUGAGAUUCUGAUCUCUCAGUGUCAAGUAUACGCAUUUGUUGUGUAUGUGAUAGGUAUGAAAGUUCGCUCGCUUCUCUUUUCGUCGUGGUGGUACUAAAAUGGCUUGUGGCGCGUCACAGGUGAUUCAUAAAGUAGCACGUGCGUUGAAGCCACUUAACACGAUCUAACAUAUCUGAUCGACUGACACUUUCACAAGAACCGUUGAAAGUUGACCUAAAGGGAGCUUGCUUCGAGAUUACGUAUUGCUGCGGAGAUUUUUAAUGUUUAAUAAAAAGAAAUACUGAACACUCAUUACAACUUUCAAUCCCAUGAUCGGGUAAAAUCGAUUUGGAAUUUGUCUUUUGUGUUUUAGAACACUGGUAUUAUUGUUGAAACGCAGAAUAUGCAGUUUGUUCCGCGAGGGUGCCCCCAUAAGAAUUCUAUUUUUGUACGUCAGUAUCUCCCGUAAUGAUAAGAGAGCGAAUUCUUAGCCUUUGUAUUCUGAACAGUGGACAGUCCUGUCAAAGCCGCGCUGACUGUAAUGCAAUUAUAUUUACAAUGAUUCGAGUUAUUAUUCUGUUGACCAUCUUUAUGGUUUUAUCGCCUUCGACGAAUGUAAUUAGUAUUUUGGUAGGAUUAUGUGAAAAUGCCUGCCUCGUUGGGGGCUAUGCUAGUGUGUAUUACGCUAUUUCCUAUUCGUAUUGAAUUACUCGAACAAAGUUACACAGAGUUCGUUAGGUAUAAUAUCAAAUUAUUUUCGAUGACAACCGGAAAUAUUGAGUCAUCGUGACAAAAUUGUUGCGCGUCCAUGAACUUCAUAUCAAUGCUAGGUACGUUUAAUUUUGAACCAGUGAUACACAUAGGCGGCCUGCCAAUUUGGCAACUCUUAGGUACUCGCGAAGGGAAACUAAAUGGUUAAAGCAACACAGUUCUGUAAAUAACUUAUAUUAUUUUUAAAAUAUUUUGAGUUGUAAAAAUGUUCUUCCAUUUACUUAUAGAACUGUGCCUUAACCGAGUCUACAUAAUAUAUUUCUGUGCGCGAUCAGUUCGUCGAUACUCGCAUGAUAGAGAUCCAAUUUAAACUACUAUAAGUAAACUUGUGUACAAUUUGUGUAACAUAAUUAAUUGCUUUUUAUUUCAACUUAAAAUUUGAUGAUUUCUGUUUGGAAAUCUAUGUUUUAAUAUAGAAUUUCUGCAUAGAAAUUCUCAAGUGGCAUAGUUCAUGCUUCUUUUCUCCUGUUGACGUGACAUUGAGUACUUUGACAUGAGCAGGCAGCGCUUGCCCCACGUCGACACACGAUAUUUCUUGAAGAACUAUCGGUCCUCCUUAUCAAAGACUAAUUAGACCGGUUGUUUUUUGUAUUGUAAAUAAUAAAUAUGUAUACCUAUGUGAACUUUAAAUUAUCAAGUAAUAAUAGUCCAAUAGUAGAUAUUUGUUCGUCCACAUUUUAUUCCAUUCGAAAAGUAUUGCCGUCUAAAGUUAUUGUUGUCCAAAUUUAAUGCUUAUACUGAUGGCAGAUUUAUUUUACUAUAUUUCUCUUAUUGCGAUAUGUAAAUAAAGGUCAACAUUUUUAAACUGGAUCAAUUUGAACCUCGAGAGUAUUAGUCAAUUUUGAAGAUCAUCGGGCCUUGAUAGCAAUUAUUGUGCAUUUUUAUCUAUACUACUUAUAUUUAGCCUGAUAUCGUCCCUUUUGCUUCUAAAAAUCCAUCCAAAUUUAAAUGUUGGACGUACAUUUCAUUUUAUUCGUCUUGCCCAGCUUGCAUGUUGUAUAUAGUAUAAUAGUGUCUUAUAUAUAUAAUAAUCAUUAAAAAAGAUUUAUCUCGUUCUUGUUGAAUUUUGUUAUGGGUAGUGUAAUAUUGUCCUUCCUUUUCAAAAUAAUAUAAUUAUUUAUUCAGCUAAUGAGCUGUGUCGUCGUAUUCCCGCUGCAAACAUCUACGUAUAAUAUAUAUCCUUAAGAUUCAUCGAGAAUGUCACAAACGAACAACACGAAGGAUGGCGCAUAGGUUUAGGAAUGCCUGUGGAAAUAUUACGACGGAGCUCGUUACGUUUAAUACGGCCAUAGAAUUUGCCAAUUUAACAUUUUUAUAAUUAUUGAUUGAUUUUCAAUUGCCAAAUAAAUGUCUUGAAAGUUAGCAACAACCGGCCAGUGUUAAAACAUCCACUAGAAGUAAGGUAUUCUGGUCCUCUUUCAGAUAUACCCUCCAGGACAUGAUAAGAAAUAAUUUUAGUAAUUUUAGUCAGCAUUCGGGCCAGUCGACCGCUUCAUUGACCCAAGUGUUAGAGUAUUUAUGACCUUUAACGUUUAUGUAGAAUCGGCUUUUUCGCGUAACUUUUUUAUUUUCACCUUCGUUUUGUCACUCCUAAAGCUCUAUAUAUGAUGAAUUUUUGAUAUUGUUGUUUGAGUAGCCUUUAUUCUUUUCAUUCAUAAUUAAAAGUUUUAAAUCCGUUAAUUCUAAUUAUAUAUUUAAGUGUAUUCUUUUAAAUUACUUGGUUCAAUGAAUUACAUAAUUAAGGAAUAUUAUUUUUUAGAAAUUGAAUAAUAUAAAAUUGAAAAAAUAUUGCCAUCAAAGUUGUCCUAAAUAUAGAGAUUACAAACGGUCUUCUGGUCCCUGGCCCAUCUGCGUUUAAACCGUCUUGCGUACUUUGUCCUAUGAGUAACGUCCAUAUAUUUGAAAAAUGAUUUUAGCAUUAAGUAACUCUGAUUUAAAUCUUAAAAUGAGGCCAUGUCAUUUAAUGCCUGUCCAGUCCCUUUUUACAGUUGUAUGCGUAUAUAAAGAACCGCAAAAGGCGUCCUUAGCAAUUUGUUAUCUUUGUUGAAUACAUUAUGAUAAUAUAAAUUAUAUUACGAACAAUUCGGAUAGGUUUACGAAACCUUGUUGUGCGACACUAUUGUUUCAGUUAGUUUUUGUCAAUUAAACGUGUCAAAUGCGGCUUUACAUUUUAGUUUUCAUUAGAAUUGUCAAUUGUUUUAUGUAUAUACAGAAAAUAAUAUAUUUUCAUUAUGAUGUAUGUCAACUUAUUUGGUCAAUUCAAACAUUAGUGUCCUUUUGUUGCUCAUUGGGGAUCAUUAAGUUUAUAUGCUUUUUUACUCAUGUGAAUGCUCAUUAUUGUGGACAUGAUAUUAGUAUUUAAAAAUUGGCUUUGCGUUUUUAUUUAUAUCUCUUUUUACUUUUCCAACAGGAUAAAAUUAUUAAACCUUUACACAACUUUAUUCAUAAUGUUAUUGUGUAUCGAUAUACGAGACACAUAACAAAUGAUAGGUACUAAAGUUUUCAGAAUCAUAUCUUAUUUAAAAAUAUAUAAAUUUGUAUACAUUGAAUAAAAUACCGUAGACUCAUACUUACGUCAAAUUUUAAUAAAUUUAAAAUCAGAUGAAAAUGUUAUUGUUACCACUAGUAUAAGCACUAUCAAUUGUUUUUUUAUAUUAUUAUCUAGUAGCGUUCGAGUAUUACUGAUUAUAUAAUAAACAAAUCAUUUGUUUUUUCAACAAUAUAAUUUCUUAUUAUGUUAAAUAUUUUCGAGGAAUUGUUAAUUAUUGGUGAGGAUAUUGUAAAAGAUGCAUUCCAUUUCAUCCGUUGUUUUAGCACUGUUCAUCACUGCACCUAUUAACAUGCAUAGUGUAUACUUACAGAAUAUAUUUUUACAGACCUUGAAUAUCAAUAUGUAGAAGAUGUAAGUCUAUGUAUGUAUGUUGGGACAAUGUCGUAACUUUGAGGCUUAUUGUCUUUUAUAGGAGUGGACGCUGAGCCAAACCCAUAUUUACAAUCCAGACCACUUAUGAAUGAUACUAUGAAAUUAAACAUACUAUUAAAACGUAAAGAUAUCCCUUUUAAAGUAAUUCAUAACAUUAUUGAUAUCUAAUGUACUGUCACAAAGGGAGUAAUGAAUUAUCAUGUUGCUCGAUUGUUACCGAAUAAGUUAUUAGUAUGUUUGGACAGAAAUAUUUGUAUUUUGUCAUGUUUAUACAAAGGAAAAAAUAUCUCAAUGAAAUAUCAUAGUCCAUUGUACAGAAUAGGCGAUAUUUAGGAUCUAGUGAAGUUUCUUUUUCUUAAAUCCUAGUUAGUGAUAUAUUAGGAGUACUAAUAUCCAAAUAUAUAUUAUGGUUGUUUGCGUCAUGACAACAUCGCUAGUAUCAUUUUUUAUAUUAUAUAAGUUAUGUUUGCCAAUAUUUACUUACUUUUGUAGAUAUUAUCAGUGAGGUUGUGUUAACCCCGUCUUUUUAACUUUAAACAAUGAAUUAGGCCUAUUUCAUUUGUAUUCACGUAUACAUGAAUGGCGUUACUGUCAUGCGCAAACGUUACAAAUUAUAUUACUUAACAUAGCUGAUAUUAUAGCGGCUUAAUGCGGGCGUUACAUACAUGAUCGAUACCUUAUUUUAAUUCCUAGAUAUAGAUCUUUGAGUUUGCGUAUUUUGAUCAAAUGUUACUAUUGUAAAUUUGCUGUACAGUAAUCAGACAUCGGCCACCGACGCGCGUCUCCGCUCCUUAUCGGCCUACCGAGCAAGACUGUCGAUUCGCCGAACAAGUAUAUGUAUUAUGUCAAUGUAAAUAGAGUACGAAUUAGACUCUUAGAAAUAUUAAGGGAUUAUUAGUAGUGUUUUUAUUUUAUUAUAUUAUAUUCAACGUGUGGAAGGGGGAGUUUAUAAAUUAUUAAAUGGGUGUAGUAGAUCGGUAGAAGGAGCGGAUCGCGCGACGAAGGCCCAGCGCUCAGGCGCGACGUAACAAUGCUGCGAUAUUCCUUGUGCCCCUUGAAAUAUCAGUGCAUUAUAAUAUGAGUCAAGAUGUAUAGACGAUGCGGUAGUGUUAUUGUGUAUAGAUGCGUUAUACGAGUUCGGUCCGGCGGACGAGCGAGCGGUGCUCGCCAGCCGGUUCGAGCGAACGACGACUAGCUAUGAAUCCUGACAUCGGCUCACGUUAAUUAGCUUUUAAAUAUUUCAUCAAAAUAUAAAAUACACAAAAAAAUGGAUAUAAAUUUCUCGACCAAGUACUGGUUGUUUUUAAAUUAUUAAAAUGUAAAAAAAAAUUAGAAUAUAAACAAAGUAUAGGUACAAUUUAUGAAUUAUACUUUUCUUUUCGGCAUUUCAUGUGACAGUGGAAGGGAACUAGCUUUCUUUUGCUACUUGAAAUUGUUUGUGUAAGCGAGACAGAGAGUGUCCGUGCAGUGCGUCGAGAAUACGCCCAUUGGAGCAAUCUUACACAAUGUCGUAUAUUUCUAUAUAUUUUGUGAUUUAUUUUGCUCAUGUCCUCUUCCAUUGCUUUUUAUUUUUGUUUGUCGACUAUGUAAAUGUAUAAUAUGAUUUUUGCUAAGGCAGGGUAAUGCAGACAUGAGAAGAGGUACUUUUUAAUUUGAAUUGAUUGAUGAUUUGUUUGAAUGUUUAAAUUGAGUUGAUUUUAUCCAUUCAAUGGAUUUGUAUUGUUACGAAAGGAGCUAGAGUUUGUUGUUUUUGUUUAAUAAGUCAUUAUGAAUUUCGAUUAAUGAGGCAGCAGAUUUGUUAAAUAUAACUGUCAAGUUACCACAAAAACAAUAGUCAGUUAAAGGCUCUCUUUGGCGUUGCACUUAAAUGUGUAAGUUUUGAAAGGAUGCGAACGCGAGAUGUUAGCACAGCACAGCACAGCUGGAAAUUAUAUACGUUGUCAGUAUUACACCAUGCAAUAAACAUGAGCUGGAGAGAGGUUGUGAAGAGUAUCGUUAUAAAAGGUACCUAUUCAAAAUCUGGAUGUACAGACUAACUCGGUCAUAACCGACAGAUAGUGUUGCUGCAAUGUGCAUUUAUGCCAUCUUCAUUUGAAUUAUGGAAUCAGUGCCAAACUUUCUCCUUCUUUUAGCUCAAAAUAAUGCAAUUGUUAGCAUGCUUGAUGAAACAGCUAAGUAAUUGUUUAGUUAGUCUGCCAUUUUGUGAAUAUUUUGUUUUGAUAGUAAUAUGUAAAUCUUUUAUAAUAUAUUUGUUUACAAUAAAUAAAUGACAACAUUAUAAAUAAAUGAAAUUGUAUUUUCCAUUUAAACUGAUGAAAAAAAAUAUAAAAAGAAUAAUAUGCAAUGAUA